AAAUGACAAGCGUGUCAAAGUGUUCUCAUAAGUGUCAUCCGCUUGCACUGCGAAUUGUGCAUUGAACGAUUGCAACGUGUGUGAGCCACGCCGAGCAAAACAAAAAUUAAGAGCACAAAAAAAAAACAAUAAACACAGCAGGCGAGGCGAACGAGAAACUACAAAAAGGGGGCAACUGCGAACUGGGUGUAAAAGGGCAAAGCGGCAACGCAAAGGUAAAGAGAUAAUGUCGAGCGAUGAACUGCCGCUGUGGCGUACCAAGUAUUCGAGUUCGCGUUAUCAACGGCACGAGAGUGACAGACAGCGGACGGCCUUGAACGCCAGCUCGUUGCACUGGCAGCGUCAACAAUUCGGCUGCUCGGCUGUCGAUGAACAGUUGCGCCGCCGGCUCCAGGCGUCGCCCGCUUACAUCGAUCGCCUCGAACAGGAGACACUGCUUACCGGCCACGAGGGCUGUGUCAACUGCCUGGAGUGGACCAGCGAUGGCCUGUUGCUGGCAUCAGGCUCCGAUGACUACAAGGUGAUGAUCUGGGACCCGUUUCGCAAGCGACGCGUUCAAACUAUCAACACCAAGCAUCUGGGUAACAUAUUCUCGGUUAAGUUUCUGCCCCGGCACAACAAUAACAUUGUGGCCACAUGUGGCGCCGAUAAGUUCAUCUAUGUCUAUGAUAUCAAUCAUGGAAACGAAACGCUCUUCUCCUGCAAUUGUCAUCUGAUGCGUGUUAAGCGCCUGGCCACCGCUCCAGAUUCGCCGCACAUCUUCUGGUCAGCGGGCGAAGAUGGUAACAUACUGCAGCUAGACAUGCGGGAGCCGCAUCGAUGCCGAAGCACUAGCGAGGAGCAGCUGGCAAGCGGCAGCGGCGGCGUACGGUUGCUCAGCCUGUCCAGCCAAGUGGAGUCCACCACAGAGGCAAAGUGCCUGGCCAUAAAUCCGCGACGCACCGAGUAUCUAGCUGUGGGCGCCAACGAUCCCUAUGCGCGUGUCUUUGAUCGCCGCAUGUUGCCAGACGAAGCCAACAGCUGUGUCUCCUAUUAUGCACCUGGACAAAUUGUGAAGAACAUAAGUCGCAACAUCGAGCAUGAAUCUCGCACCGUUACCUAUCUCACUUUUAACAAUUACAACUCAACGGAGCUGCUCGUGAAUAUGGGAUGUGAACAUAUCUAUCGUUAUGAUCUGCAUAAUGCCACGCCGCCCAUUUUCUAUGAGCUGCCAGAGUACACGGCAACGCCCGUGGAAACGGACGCCGAGCAGGAGACGGACGAGCAUGUGGAGACUGCAAUUAGUCUGGAUGCGAAGGCAGCCAUCACAACAUGCAAGAAAGAACAAAAACGUCGCACGCUGCCCAGCAGCAUUGAGCGGCACAAGAAGCUGGGCAACGAACACUUGGGCAAUGGCAAACUGCUGGCGGCAGUGGAUGCCUAUUCGGCUGCCUUGGCCGAGUAUCCGAAAGGCGAGGUGCUUUACUUGAAUCGGGCCACGGCGCUAAUGCGACGCGGCUGGUUUGGGGACAUCUAUGCGGCGCUGCGUGAUUGCCACGAGGCUUUGCGUUUGGAUCCCACGUAUGUGAAGGCGCAUUAUCGUCUGGCACAUGCGUUGCUCGAGCUCCAUCGACCACAGGAGGCGGAGAAGUGUCUGCAGGAGCUGAUACAGCGUUUUCCUAACUUUGCCAUCAAUCCUGGUGUGCUGCGGCUGCACAAAAAGAUACGCGAGAAUCAACAGCAGCAGUCGGGUGAAUUGUCGGGACAAUCGUCGGAGCACGAGCCAGUGUUCAUUGAGAGCGAACUUAGCUAUUUGCGCUUGACAGAUGAUGAGUAUGCGUUGCGUCGAACUGCGAAAGAUUAUAAGCAACGCUAUGUGGGUCAUUGCAACAUCACCACGGACAUCAAGGAGGCCAACUAUUUGGGUUUUAAUGGCGAGUUCAUUGCCGCCGGCUCCGAUGAUGGCAACUUCUACAUUUGGGAGGGCGAAACAGCUAAAAUCCGAGCAGUCUAUCGAGCGGAUGGGGCGAUUGUCAAUUGCGUUCAGCCGCAUCCGGAUAUCUGCAUGCUAGCCACAAGUGGCAUCGAUAACGAUAUCAAGAUUUGGUCACCAUGCGCGCCCAGCGCCGAGGAGCGACCCAAUCUAAUUUGCGACGUGGCGCGUUAUGUUGGCGUCAAUCAAGAGAAGAUGCGCACCGAUCCAUUCGAACUGAAUACGCGCAAUGCGUAUUGUUUAAAUAAUUAAAAAUAUUUAAACACACUCAUUUAGCAUAAUAUACAAAAGAAUCGAAACUAGUUUUCAAAUUGAAAUCAAAAUUGCAAUAUAGUUCAUGCAAUCGCAUUCAUGGGCUAAAAACGAAAUCUCCCCAAUCAUUUCUGCUAACGAAUUUUGGGCAGCUUAAAUAAAUAAUAUUAGUGUAAUUUGUAAGAGCCUCAAAUACAUUUUGUUAAAAUUGUGAAAGAAAUAUACUAAUGCAUAACAUAAUAAAUGUUAUAAACGAACUCGAAUGCAAAUCAAAUUGUCCCACACAAUAAUUACAAUUUGUUGUAUUUUUGGAAUUAUUCUGUUUAUUUAUCGUAGUUAUUUAAAUCUAUGCUCACAUGUAUACAUAUACAUACAUAUAAAUAUUUUACUUUAUGUAAUAAUAUUCAAGUAUCGUUUUGUUUUCUUUUGUUUUUUUUUUAUAUAUGUUUCAUCAAUUUUAUGUUUACUAUCAUUAAAAAACUAAGUAGAAUUGAUAGCUUCACAUGAAAGUGGCUUCACAUCGCAAACGGUGAACGUUA